AUGACGGAAUCGAAUAAUAACGACCAUCUGGUCAAAUCAGACGACAGUCAACAUCCCGCCAACCUCAUCCCAGAACUCUGCAAAAAGUUCUGGACGCUUGGAUGGGUGACGGGAACUGGCGGUGGUGCAUCGAUACGUGAUGAUGAUCUCGUAUAUCUCGCACCUUCUGGUGUGCAAAAAGAACUGAUGAAGCCCGAAGAUAUAUACGUCCUCGAACUUUCAAAACAACUCGAUCCCAAGCAAAGAAUUUACCUCCGAUCACCACCCUCCCUCAAGCCAUCCCAAUGCACACCCCUCUUCAUCGCAGCCUUCACCAAAAGAGGCGCAGGAUGCUGUAUCCAUACACACAGUCAAUGGGCCGUCCUAGUCACCCUCCUCCUUGAGUCGCAAUCCAACAAAAACCUCUUCGAAAUCAACAACAUCGAACAGAUCAAAGGGUUCGGAAAAGGCUACCAAAAGCAAGGCGCGCUGGGAUAUCAUGAUACGCUGCGGAUACCAGUGAUUGAGAAUACACCACACGAGGAAGAUCUGACGGAGAGUUUGGAGGUUGCGAUGGAUAAAUAUCCAGAUACCUAUGCGGUGCUGGUUAGACGUCAUGGCGUUUAUGUUUGGGGUGAAACGGUGCAUAAAGCUAAGACUCAGUGCGAGAGUCUGGACUAUCUUUUCCAACUUGCUGUAGAGAUGAAGAAGCUUGGUUUACCGUGGUUGAGCGAUAUUGCUUGA